CUCCACUCCGCCCCAAUACUUUUUGCUACUUGGUUUCGUAUAUAAAUUUAUUACUCCUUUUCUUUUCUUCCACUUGCCUUGAUUAAAAACAAUUUUAUUUAUUUAUUUUAGCUAUCCUUGAAAAUAAUUUUUUCUUCACGUUUUCUAUUCAGUAUUCUGUUUACAUUAUUCUAAUCACUGCACAUACGCGUUUGGGUUGUCCUUAUUUCUUUUGUUUUAUUUCUCACGCCUCAUAUUUUCACCCUUGUUGUUCGCCUUGAACACACUAUUCCCAGUUUGUUCCAAAUAAAUCUAGCUCAAAUUCACUCAUUCGCGUUGCAUUUCUUGCCAACCUCACUCAUACUCACUCACAUCCACACACACACCAUAUUCACAGCAGCCAUGCAAAACAGGACGCCCAUUUCCGAAACUCAACAGCCCAUACAGAGCCGGCUUGACCGCGUAGAUUCGGUGAAGCGAACACAGCAGCCGGGCUACAUGCAAGCGAACAAGGUAGCGAUGCAAGCGGGGACGAUACGGCCCGAUUCGGCAGCCAGCACCACUGGCUCAGGAUUCCAGAUGCCCCUUUUGGCCACAGGCGAGCGCGCUGCUAGCCGGACAAUGGUCGCUGCGCGUCCGCGGAGGAUCCCCAGUGGGACCUCAGUUGUGGCUGAGCAGGCGGCUGGCAGCUCUGCGGAUAAUGCGAGUGCUGAUUCGCGCACGCUGAGAAGAUAUCGGUCGGAUACACAGGCGAGGUCUCGGUCGCCAACUCGCGUUGCGAGCGCGGUUUCUAAUGAGCAGCAGCCCCAGUCACAUCAGCAGCAGCAGCCUGUGAGGAUUUUUGGUGCAAGCAGAACUACCACGGCUGUGCCACAUAUAGGAAUCAGCGGGCGGCAGCACUCGGAGCCCGUUAUGGUUCAAAAAAUGCGCGCAUCGCCGAGAAUAGGCUCCGCAGUGCCAUCCGCAAUGGUUCCUCCCAGCCCGCAGCCCAUGCAGCCAUCGAGCAUCCGCACUCCAUCUAGGGCCAGCAGCAUAGCUGAGAGGCCGCUUAGGGCGCCGUCCGCAGCCUCAAUGAACACAAAGACCGCGCUGACAGGAAGUAGCAGCAGCGUGUCGAGGCCCGUGCGGCCGGCCACCGCGGUGCCGGUGAGGUCCACGUCGCACCGGCCAUCGUCGCCACCGUCGUCCAUGGCAGCCGGAGGCAGCGAUGAUCGGUUGAACUCCUCGCGUAUUCCGCGGCUGGUCAGCCACAGCGAGUACACAAAGGUUGUGGAGUCACGGCGCCAGAUGAUGGAGCAAUACCGCGAAAAGGAUGCGCAGCUCAAGGUCGAGCAGUGUAUGAACAACGAGCUCCUGUCAGAGUUCAAGAAUGUGGCGGAAGCGUUUGAGCUGGCCACCACUGCGCUUGAAAAGGAGAAAGCCGAGAAUGUUGAGAUUGUUCAGAGAGCCACUGAAGUUGAGGUCCAGUAUGCGAAGGAGCGGGCUAUUAACCGCGAGUUGCAGAAGAAGCUGGGCGCCAUGGAGGUUUUACUCAGGGAGCAGCAACAUGCGCGCAAGCCCGCGCUAAAUCUGGGUAACGCUGAUUGGCGGCAGUAUCCUGGGCGCAUCCAGGCGCAGGUUGCCGAGAUGCAUGCUGCUUUUAUGCUGGAGCGUCCAGACUCUGCGAUCGACGAGACCACGCGUAAUGAGCUGGCAGUGCUGGAGAAGUACAUUGAGCGUGGUAACAAGAACGGCGUGGAUACAGUUGCCCGCCAGUUUGUACAGCAGCAGCAGAAGCAGUUUUCUGUUCAGGACCUUGAUUUUGGCAGCGCCCAGUCGUCUGCCACUGCAGGAGCGCCGUCUCCUGGGUGGGAUAUGCGCGUGCCGCAGCGGCGCAGGGUGGUGGAUGAGGAGCGCGAAGACCGUCGCCGCAGUACCAUUCUCUUUGCUGGACUUGUCCAGCCGAGCAGCGGGUCGUACAGUGCAGUGGCCAACAACCACCAUGGCCUUUUAAACGCAGAUUCGACUGUCGGCGAUGAGCACAAGUGCGAGCGGUGCGCGCAGCUUACUGACACGCUGAUGCUGCUCGAGCGCGACAACGAUUACUACCGCGAGGCCAAUUCGAAGCUGCGCGACAAUAUCACUGACGCCGUUUCUAAGCACAACGCGAUUGUGCGGGUCUUUGAGCGCGAGAGGCAGAGGAGGCGCGAAUUGAAAUCACAGGCGCUGCUUGAUGCUAUUCAGGUAGCCACUAAUGAGCGUGAUGCUAUUGAGGCUCGCCAGCGGGCCAGUCUCGAGGCUACGGCUGAGAACUGCGAUCUUUCUCGGCAUUUCGACCGUUCUAUGCGUAUCGCGUCUCCUACCACUCAGGCCUUUUGACCUUAAAUUGUAUUAAGCUUUCUUUUCUAACCAGUCUUCUUUUUCCAAUAUUGAUCAAUUGCACAAAGUUAACGACCAUGUUACCAAUAAUAAAGGCGGCGGUCUGGUUAUCAUUAGCGCAAUAUUUUAUCCAAUAUCUCAG